AUGACGAAUGAGUAUGCUGACAGGGUCCCCAUGUCUCUGAAGGAUAUGCAAGCAUAUUUGCAAAGCUAUUUCGGCAUCCCUAUUGCAUUGAGAAGGCAGGGAGAUACCAUGAUCAAUUGCCCGUACUGCGGCAAGACCCACGACCACGAGCCUGAGCCAGGGCAUCAUGUGGCUCAAUGCGCUGAGGAUGAUCGGGGAGGAGGAAUUGUUGUUGGUGAAAGGUCCUUUGUUCCCAACUAUGGCUACACUAUUGUCGAAUAUGUGGCGAAGGACGGUGCUAACCAGAUUAUCCCCCCUGUUAUUGGUACGGAAGAAAAUUCGGAGUAUCCCUAA